ACACCAAAAAAAAAAGAUGCCAACUCAUCUACUACAGCAGCCGGAUAUACUUAAACAUCUCGGAAAACCGUUAAAGUAGGUUUUGAGCCUGUCUUUUGUCUUGGAGCUUCACACCCAUCGUUGAAGCCUACAAAACGCAGCAGCACCAAUGUUGAAACGACUAAAAAGGGGACGAGAAAAGACUUGGAUGCUCGAUUUAGGAAUGUCAAUGUUGAGACCCCAAGAGGUUUUCCUCGUGUUUCUCUCUUUGGUUCCAAUGGUUUUUCAAUGUCCGCCAACGUGCCGCUGUUCCGGGACCUCUGCUGAUUGCAGCCGUCUGGAACUGAAUGUAGAUACCAUUCCCCAACGCUUUGAGGCCAGCGUCACCGAGAUCAAACUGAACGACAACAAACUUUCUUCCAUUCCCAGCGGCCUUUUCGACACACUGAGUGAGCUGAGAUCGGUCUCAUUGGACAGGAACCCAUGGAUCUGUGAUUGUGACAUUCUAUAUCUGAGAUCAUGGCUCCUCAAGCAGGAAAACCGAACUAUGUACAAGAAAUUAAGGUGCUCCUGGCCAGCAGAACUUCAGGGAAGACUCAUCUUGUAUCUAACGGAAGAUGAAGUAGUGUCUAGCUGCCAGGACUGGUACUGUAACUUGGUUCUCAUCUGCCAGAUCCUGCUGUUCGUCUUCAUUAUCAUUCAGGCCAUUCUGCUGAUUUGUGUCAUCAUAUUCCUCAGAAGAUUUGAAGCUUUUUCCAAGGAGGCGAUCCGAGCACCAAAAGAAGAUCAUUUUCGGAAUGCGAUGUAAAAGCACACUGUUCACCGGGCCCAACAUUUUCAGAUCCCAGGGAAAUGUUAGCUUGUUGCGCUUUCUGCACCAUUCGGCCGAAUGUUCCCCAUUUAACAUUGUGCCGGCAUAAUAAAUAUUUCGUUUUCACCAUCUUGGGCCGGCUACUGGUAAUGUCUCAGCCAAUUUAAUUCCGGAGAAGUCCCGAGGAAAGGCCAAGCUUACUUUGCUCAAAAUCUAUGCAAACUGGAGUUCGGGAUUGACUAGAAAGCCUUGCAGAUGACACCUUGUUUGAGAUUGAUUAUUAGCGAGACUUUGAGAGAUUAUGAUUUAGAAACGAAUGAAAGGAAAGCAUUUUGUUUACCGCGAACAUAAAACAGAAGUUGCUGAAAGAGCUCAACAGGUCUAGCAGCAUCUGUGAAGAAAGAAUGAGAGGUAACGUUUCCGGUCCGGUGACCCUUCCUCGGAACCCAAAACUUUCAGUUUUUAGUUUGUUUUUUUCGCGACGGCUUGAGGAGGUUAAAUGCAAACCGCGAUGUUUAACUUCAAUUCAUCUAGAUACUCGCAAGUAAGCGGGUAAUGCACAAGAAAGAGAACUAACAAUCUCUCAGCACCGCAACAAUUGAAAAUCUUUGAAAAGACAAGGAAAUUAUUCACAUCGACGGUGAAUGGGGCCUAUUAAUAUCCCAGAAUGUAUUUAAGGUAGAACAGUUAGCAUUCUGAAAUGUACGUCGCAAACUUGGAAAAUGAUUUUUAUUUUUUGUUACUGUUAUUUAAUCCAGCAAAAGCUCAACUACUGAAAUCAAUUGCUCUUUCCCUAACAGAGAGUCUGUUGAGAAAUGCUAAAUAUCGAUCAUUAUGUAGCACAAAUAUCAUUGAUAGAAUGAAAAUAUCUUACAGUAGGUAUUAUAGCGUGAGAAAUUAUAGAAAGUAGGUGCCUACACUGCGCAUUUUUUAUGAGUUCAUGGGACCGGGGCAUCAAUGGCUAGGCCAGCAUUUAUUGUCCAUCUCUAAUUGUCCAGAGACCAGUUAAAGAGUUACAUGUAGGUCAGAUCAGCUAAGGACUGCGAUUUCCUUCCCUAAAGGACAUUAAUGAAUCGUAUGGGUCUUACGAAAAUCGGUAAUAGUUUCAAAAGUAGAAUUGCUAGAAGAACUCAGCGGGUCUGGCAGCGCCUAUGGAGAGAAAGCAAGAUUAACGUUUCGAGUCGAGUGACUCUUCUUGGUUGUUAUUGGCUAGCUUUCUUGUUGAAUUCAAAUUUAACCGUCUGCCCCACGUCCCCAAACUUAAUCGGCGAUUCUGGAUUACAUGCAGUGGUGACGUUACUAUGACCACAUCACCUGCCUUGCAUGCUCCUCUAUACAAAGUAGCCACCCCAUUGUCAAUUGUUCAGCGUAGCACAGAGCGAAGACAACAACAUUUUCACCAUUUCGUUCCCUUUCUCUUAAAGUUAUAUUCGAUUAGGCUUAUUCAAUUCCGUCUGCUCCACAGCGACACUGGUGGUGGCUGACUGAAAGAUUCAAAACGGUGAGAAAUGCACCUAAAAAUAAAAUCGAACGCAGAUAUUAUGAGUUUAUGGUAGUUGAACAUAAAAUAAACAUCACGACCGACUGAAAUUAAAACCAAACAAUGUGGUGACGGCGAAUUUGAAGUAGAACAAUGUAAAUUUUCGCGCAGAAGAUUAUGUUAUCAGUUUGUCAGUUCAUUUCGAAAAUCUGGAAUGUUGAAACUUAUCAACAAAGCCCUUGAUUUUGUUCAGGUUUUAAAUCAGCUUUACUGUCAAUAACACAAGAACAUGAAUAUUAAACUCAUCAUUUGGUCGUCGAACGGUCCCUACCAUUCAGCAAGAUUCUGGUCUGGAUUUUGCCGUUCGAAAAAAAAUGUGCCUAUUUGUGGCUGGUAAGGCGGUGUAACUAUUAUCAAUUAUAUCGUUCGAGAUACCGUAAUGUAUCAAGCCUUUCGUAUGCGGAAUAAAGAUUACUUAUUGCACCAUUA